AUGAUCCAGCUUUCUCAAGUCAACCUCAAAGGCCGUUAUUCAGAGGACAACGCUAACGAAGCAGAGGAGGUUUUGGAGCCAGAAGAAGUGGACAUCCAUAUCAGCCCAAUCGAAAAUGCCAAUUUUUGUGGAGGGACGAGCCACUUCAUCGCAACGAGUCGUGAGCGAAUCAAAGCCGAAAAGGAAGAAGCCAAGAAGAGAGAAAUCUCAAACAUCGCUACCGACAGACAACAACCUCGUCCAGAGACAAACAACAACCAAGACAUUGCUGACUUCAGUUACCAGUCCUUUCUCUCAUCAACCGCUCAAAUUCACGAUGAAGACAAGCUAUGGUUCGCCUACUCCGGAGCGACACAAUAUAUGACUCAUCUGAAAUCAGUACUCAAGAAUUUCAUUCCCGUUGAACAUGAGUCAUGGUUUUUCACUGGAAUCGGCAACACACGUUUACGUGUGAGAGGAAAAGGAGACAUAGAAGCAAAGUCAACCAUCAAUGAAUCACUUCGCAAGAAGUUAGAUCCAAAAAGUCGUGAAGGUGUAUUUGUAGGUUAUUGCGAAACUUCAAAAGCAUUUAGAACACAACCUGAAUUAACACUUCCUGAACCGGCAAACACCAACAACAAAUGUGUCUUUACCCAAGCUACAACCGAAUUCUCAUCACCGAUGCUUUCACCAGAGCAGAUGAACACUGAAACGGAAUCUAGUACCAACCCCAUCGAAGAAACCAGGCCAAGUGAGAUCGCUCCAGUCCCUAACAUUGCUUCGGACGUCCCAGCAGUCGUUCAAAAACAAUCCAGACCGGAACCAAGGCGUUCACUACGAGAACCGCAGACAUACACCAAAACACUGGCCUCUGAUUACUCACUCCUCUAUAAAGCUGCCAUAGAUGACGAUUACUCAUAUUUAAAUUCAAAUGAGACCUGUGCUCUUCAUCCUCCGGGAAUAGUUCCGAUACGAGUUAAGUCGAUUUUCAAGAUAAAACCUGGCUCCAAGGAUACUCUAACCCCUUACAAAGCCAGACUUGUGGCCAAGGGCUUCACUAAAAAAUGUGGAUUGAAUUACCAAGAGAUUCAGGGAAGAGAAGAGAUUCAGUGCGUUUUUAGUCAAGUUUGGUCUGUUUCGCUGCUCGUCCGAUCACUGUGUUUACUAUCACCAUAA